CUCUGUGUUUCACCUGUAAACGAAGCGCAGAGAGAGCGACAGUAGUUUUGCGUGUUUGGGACCUGCCCUCUGCUCUUUUUCACCUCCUCCUUCAUAAAACAAGAAGAUCUCUGCGCGAAACCCCAUGAAAUCUGGACACAAACACCCCGCUCUUCAUACCAUCGGGCAUAAACUAUCGAAAUAACAGCGAGCAUCCACCAGUCUGGUUGCUAUAGCAUCCUGUUAGCCGUUAGCCGUUGACUUGUUUGCUAACCUCCGAGAACAAUUUGUGCUAACACCUGGUUAUAAGAAAAGACAACUGCUUUAAAACAUCUCAAUCUUUUCACGAUGGGGUCCCGUGCAUCGACGUUAUUGAGAGAAGAGGAAAUAGAAGAAAUCAAGAAGGAAACUGGAUUCUCACACAGUCAGAUAACUCGUCUGUACAGCCGCUUCACCAGCUUGGACAAAGGUGAAAAUGGUACUCUGAGUCGAGAAGAUUUCCAGAGAAUUCCUGAGUUGGCCAUUAAUCCUUUGGGUGACAGAAUCAUCAAUGCUUUCUUCCCUGAGGGGGAGGACCAGGUAAAUUUCCGAGGCUUUAUGCGAACAUUGGCACAUUUCCGACCGAUUGAAGACAACGAGAAAAACAAAAAUGCCGCACCGUCUGAGCCUCUAAACAGCAGGACAAAUAAACUCCUCUUUGCAUUUCGGCUAUAUGACCUGGACAGGGAUGACAAGAUUUCCCGGGACGAGCUGCUACAGGUUUUGAGGAUGAUGGUCGGAGUGAAUAUUUCAGACGAACAGCUCGGCAGCAUCGCAGACAGGACCAUCCAGGAAGCAGACACCAACGGAGACAACUCGAUCUCUUUCAAUGAGUUCAUGAAGGUGCUGGAGAAGGUGGACGUAGAGCAGAAAAUGAGCAUCCGGUUUCUCCACUAAGUUAAAUUUUAAACGUUUUUGGACACAAACCAUUUCAACCUUUCCUCCAGCUGCUGCGUCCCUCAACAAAAUGAAGUAUAUGGUAGUCACUCCUCAGUGCUCUUCAAACCAGGAAAAGGGAAGUUGCGUGCCUUGGGUAGUUAUGCAAAGUGAUCAGUCACCCCUUUAUUUAUUAGAUGAGUUUGUUUUUUAACCAUGGUACGAUUAACUUUGCUUCUGUAGUAUAUGCAAAAGUGAUUACUGUUUAUACACCUUGCCAAGAGUGGUUAUUUCAUUGAUUUUUUUUUUUUUUUUUUUUGGUAUCACCAAAGUCAAAUCUGUUGUUAUGGUUGAAAACAAAAGUGGCUGAGUACAUUUUUCUUUAAAUCCACAAGUGCCAUGGUUUAGGUUCUCCUAUGUUGGAUACUAGCAUUAAAGUAGAGCGUAAGAAAAGCUAAAGCUGCUUAGUUUUGCAUUGUAUCAUAUAAGCUACUGCCAAUAGUUUGUAUAAGAUGAAGGACCACUUUCAGAUGUUGUCCAAUGCUAAACUUGGAUCAGUGCUAAAUAGUUUUUAUUCCCCUUUAUCUCCCGAUAUGGGACUUGGGAGACACAAAGUAUUUGACUUGUACCUCUUCGAGUUAGCUAAACCAAAAAUAAAAAUGGGACUAAACUAAUUUGAGUAGGUGAUUUAUGACUAAAUCACUUUAGAAGUUUAAACCCAAUCAUGGUAUUAUUAAACAUUUAUUUGAAAUUAAAUCAAGACUCAUAAGUUCCACCAAUAGACGAGUAUAGAGUAGAGUCAUAUCUAUAUCACAGAAUACCAUCAUCAUGGGAUUACUGUAUAGUUAUAUGGUACUGAACUAUCUAUCGUUUGGGCAAAGGAAGGAAUUUAACCAAACAUAAAUCUUUCAAGCAACUGUCAUCCAGUUCAUGUCACCAAAUGUAGGAUGUUCCUGCAGUCUGUUGUCCAAUUGCAAACUGUUUAAAGUGUUGACAUAAACCAACAUCUAUCACUUGUGUUUAGUGUCAACAUGUACUCUUCCUGUCUGGUUAGUCUGGCUAACCCCAAGGGAUUAUAUAUAAUAUUCUUAUUAAUAUAUUGGUUGUACAGGUAGUCUUUAUAAACACUAUGUCUUUAAUCUUAACUGUAUGUUUGUUAAAUGACUAUAAGUGAACCAUCCAGAAACUACUGCAAACAGCACGGCCAUUUUGAAAUCCUCACUCAGAUGUAAUGUGAUUUUGGUCCAGCUGUCAUCAGUGAUUCUUGGAUUUGAUUUGAAUAAAAUAAGUGCCAUACAU